UUGAAGAUGGCACCAACGAAGACAAGGUAUUUCUUGUUCCCUGCUGCCUUCCUCCUCCUGUCCUUCAUUCCAACAGUGGCUGAGGUGGUAAUGUCGGUGUCAGAUUGUGACCUGUUCCUUCUUGAGAAAACUCCGCCACAGGUCCCAGGUAUAUUGCAGGGGGGACACAUCCUGAACCAGAACCGAUACAAACCCAUUUGCCAGACUUUUGAGAAUGAGAGGAGGUUUUUGACUCUCUACGACAUCAAGAACAAGAUUCCAGUCUUUUCUGCUUACAAGUACAGAGGGAAUGGAGAAGGCAGGAGACCCCAAACAUGGUGGAAGAUAGAGCCACAGCUUGAGAAUGAAGAUGACACGAACAUGAUCGUCGGAGACAAGAACAAAACAUACAACAACCAGGCUGGGAACACAGAUUACAGAAACAACAGGCAGUUUGACCGAGGCCAUUUAUUUCCAAGCUCUCAUGCAUUCAACAAGACUGACAAAAUGUCCACCUUCACCCUGACCAACAUUGUUCCGCAAGUGAAAACAUUCAACCAGGGAAGCUGGAACAGAAUGGAACAGUGCAUCAAAUGUGUUAUGGAUAAAUACUGCUUUAACAACAAUGGUAGGAUUGAAGGGUUUGUGGUAACUGGAGCGCAACCCAGCACCAAGAACAUCCUCAACAACAGGAUCAAUAUUCCCUCCAUGCUCUGGUCAGCGUUCUGCUGCUACAGCUCCAACAGGAACAUGUGGAUAGCAAGUGCACACUGGGGUGACAAUGUUCCAGAUGAUUUUAAAAACAAAUAUCUGCAGACAAAGACUCUGGCAGAACUCUACAAAGAACUGAGUACAGUGGACUAUGAACUUAAUGUUUUUCCUGGAACGCAGUGUCCUGUCCAGACAAGUGUUACUGGGUUUUACCCAGAAAUGACUAGAAACUGCGCCUGCCCAACCAUUUCAACCACUUCUGAGCAUCGCACUUCAACAUCUUCAAUGGCCACAUCUGACCGCGUCCCUGCAUCUGACACAGCCCCUUCAAUAUUUGACUCAGUCCCUACCAUAUCUGAUCCAGUCCCUUCAACAUCUGACACAGUCCCUUCAACAUCUGAUCCAGUCCCUUCAACAUCUGAUCCAGUCCCUUCAACAUCUGACACAGUCCCUUCAACAUCUGACACAGUCCCUUCAACAUCUGAUCCAGUCCCUUCAACAUCUGACACAGUCCCUUCAACGUCUGACCCAGUCCCUUCAACGUCUGAUCCAGUCCCUUCAACAUCUGACCCAGUCCCUUCAACGUCUGAUCCAGUCCCCUCAACGUCUGACACAGUCCCUUCAACAUCUGAUCCAGUCCCUUCAACAUCUGACCCAGUCCCUUCAACGUCUGAUCCAGUCCCUUCAACAUCUGAUCCAGUCCCUUCAACAUCUGACCCAGUCCCUUCAACAUCUGACCCAGUCCCUUCAACGUCUGACCCAGUCCCUUCGACGUCUGAUCCAGUCCCUUCAACAUCUGACCCAGUCCCUUCAACAUCUGACCCAGUCCCUUCAACAUCUGACACAGUCCCUUCAACAUCUGGCCCAGUCCCUACAACUUUUGACACAGCCCCUUCAACAUCUGACACAGUCCCGUCAACAUCUGGCCCAGUCCCUACAACAUCUGACACAGUCCCUACAACAUCUGACACAGUCCCUUCAACUUCUGACACAGCCCCUUCAACUUCUGACACAGCCCCUUCAACAUCUGGCACCAUCCCCUUAACAUCUGACCCAGUCCCUACCGCACCUGACACAGUCCCUACAAAAUCUGAACCAGGACCCAGUCCCUACAACAUCUGAUCAAUUCCCUACAACAUUUGGCCUACUAACUGCA